AAGGCUCAGGGCAGUGAACAGAGAGACACAGCAACUCCAGCCUCCCAGAGAAUCCACCUACUCUGAGUCUGAACAUGUGCAAGAAGGUAGCCAUUGUUCUGUCCGGCUGCGGGGUGUAUGACGGCAGUGAAAUCCAUGAGUCUUCUGCCGUGCUGGUGCAUCUCAGCAGAGAGGGGGCACAGGGGGAGUUCUUUGCUCCAGAUGUAGAGCAGAUGCAUGUGGUGGACCACGUGAAAGGGCAGCCAACUCAAGAGAAACGCAACGUGCUGGUCGAGAGUGCCAGAAUCGCCAGAGGCAACAUCAAGGACCUAGCCACGCUGAACGUCAAGGAACUGGAUGCCCUGAUCAUACCAGGUGGUUUUGGAGUGGCUAAGAACCUCAGUACUUGGGCAACACAGGGGAAGAACUGCACGGUCUCUAAAGUUGUGGAGGACACUUUGAAGGCAUUCCAUGCUGCCAAGAAACCCAUUGGCAUGUGCUGCAUCUCCCCAGUCCUGGCAGCCAAAAUCUUCCCAGGAUGCGAGCUGACAGUUGGACAGGACAAAGAAUGUGAGAAGUGGCCCUAUGCAAAGACUGCAGAGGCCAUGAAGGAACUUGGCUGCAAACACGUGAACAAACACGUAGGUGAGAUUCAUGUGGAUGUGAACAACAAGCUGGUGACAACCAGUGCCUUCAUGUGCAACGCCCCAGUCCAUGAGGUCUAUGAUGGUAUUGGAAAAAUGAUCAAAGAAGUGCUGAAACUUGCCUGAACGCCUGAAUACAGAACAUGUUGGAAAAUUAUGGGAAUCCAAGUCUUCUGAAAUAAACUUCAGAUACAUAUCGAUGGAGAGCAGCCACUGAGAGUGGGCCACUGCUCUCCUUCUCCCUACACCCUUGAGCCGCGAAGCUUAUUUCUAAUAUCACUAGGCCCUUUCCCAUUGGACCGCUGCUAGCUACCAAGGAGGGAGAAAUCUAGACCAGGGGUUCUCACAACAAAAAUUUUGGUGGCCUCAGAGUGCGGCCACCAACUCUCACUGGUGGCUGCGUGGACACUUUUUUCAUAAAAUACUUAAUUAACUUUAGGAAAAACAAUUAAAUAUGCACAGAUCCACAUCCAAAUCAUUAUAAUGUGUAUUUGUAGGGUUUUUUGGCAGACUCAAUAACAAAAAUAAUGCUGUCUCCCCCUUUAACCCCUCCCCCCCCACCCUCCAUCCACGGCUUAGUGGGUCCUGGGGCUUGCUGUGAAAAGUGAUAUUCGUAUAUUUGUUAAUAUCACAGCAUACUUAGUAGCUACCUGGGAGGCUAUGAAAAGUGAUAAGUGAUAUUAACAAACAUGGAAGUAUUACUUUUCACAGAUAGCUAGUAAGUCUGCUGGCAGAAGUGAUACUUCCAUGUUUGUUAAUAUCACUUUUCUCAGAAAGCCCCAGGACCCAUUAAGCCCUAGUUGGGGAGGCGAUGGUGGGAUGGAUGCGGGGCCAGGGGAGGCAGCAGGGGCCUGGGGCGAUGGGGGUGGGUGAUGAGCCCCACUGUUGCAUGGCCAGAGCCAGGGCCUGGUGUCUGCUGCCAUGCAGCCAGGGCUGGGGCUCAGUGCCCGUGGCCAGAACCCAGAGCUAUGGACAGGAACUGCAUGGCUGGAACCAGGCAUCGGAGCCCGCUGCCAUACAGUCAGAACUGUCAUUCAGCGCCCAUGGCUAGUGCCUGCCGCUGCACAGCGAGAGACCAGAGUUGGAUGCUGGAGCCCAGGAAUGCAUGGCUGGAUCCAGGAAUCAGUGCCCACCCUGCAUGGCUGAAGCCAGCACUCACUGCUGCACAGCCAGGGCCAGGGGUUAGCACCUGGGGCCAGCUGCUGCCACCAUGUGGCCGGAGCCCUGGAACAGAGCUGUGGGUCAGCGCCUGCUACUGUGCAGCUGGGGCAGGGGAUCAGUGCCAGGGGCUAAGGCCACAUGGCUGGAGCCCGGGGCCAGCACCUGCCACCGCACAGCAGGAAAUAGGGGCCAGAGGGCAACUGAAGCUCCAUGGCCAGAGCCGGGGGUCAGCACCUGCUGCCCUGUGGCCAGAGCCAGGGGUUGGCACCCAAAGCCCCAUGGUUGGAACCCACUGCUGUGCAGCUGGGGCUGGGGAUCGGUGCCUGUGGCCAGCGCCUGCCAUGGCACGGCUGAAACCCGGGACUGGAGCUGGGGGCCAGCGCCUGCUGCUUCUAGUGGCCUGACACGUAGCAAUUGUCAUUAGGUGGCUAUAUGGCAGAGGAGUUUUCUGGGUUGUUCCAGACUCCGAGGGAUUGACCUGAAACUUCCAUCAGUUUAUCUAAAGUCCUAGAAUUUUGAUACUAAUGGGCUUUUUUCCCUUCUGAGAUAUGAUGCAUCUUUGCCAACAUAUAAAGGGGUGUCACACACAAACAUAAUGCUUCAGUCCCUCGGAAACGGCAUGGAAUGUAAGCUUUGAAAGUUUCUUAGACAUGCGGACAUAGACAGUAAAACCUCUAAGGAGGGAGCUAUUUCCUAUCAAAACUUCAUUUUUGACUUUUUCUGUGGAACUUGGAAGCCAACCCAAGAAAAUGUGUGCACAAAGCUCCAUCCUCAGAGUCCAUCAUUCUCCUCCUCAUCCAGGCAAAGUUAGACUUCCCUAGUCUAAAUCCCUUUCAGUCAUCUAUGGUUGGGAAAGAGUAUUUAAUUUUUAGAUGACUUAGAUUCCCUCGAAAGACACUGCGGGGCUUGUAUUCCCAAGAGACCCUAACAACACUGAUAACUAGAGAUGAGCUGGUAUUCAUUAUUCAUUAUUCAAAAACGUGUCAUUUCUACUGAA